CGUGUUCCUAAAAUAACCAACCCUUGUCCCGACAGGUGAAGAGAGGCGUGGUUAAAUCUCACGCACGCGUGACCACGGGAUUUGAGAACUAUUUAACGCAGAGACAAUUUCACUUUCGACAGAUCGGGUGUCUGUCUGAUCGCUGAUCGCUGAUCGUCCGUCGCUAUAUAGCACAAGGUUGUAAUUGCUACUGGUCCGUCCUAAUGGAAUCUCGACGAGAAAAAGAAAAUCUUUCAUUUUCGAUUGAGAACAUUUUACGGGAUGAUUUUCCUUGGGGACAGAAAACAAACAUUGCGAAUGUACAACAACAAGCCUUGGGUCUUGAAAGAUGGUCGGAACUAUCAUUAUGUGGUUACUACCCUCUCCGUUACAGUCCAAUUUUCAUGAAAUGUCUGCCAAGCGUUUACGGACCUGAGAGAAGACUUCACAGGAUAGACGGAGAGAAAGAGCGAAUUCUAACAGAGAAACAGAAGGAGAUUACAGAAGAUAGCUUAAGUUACAACGAUGAAGCUCUUAAUUCUCAAAGGCAUGACGAAAUCACUGGCAAAAAGAUGAAUAAACAAUCUAAGAGAGAAACGUGCUACAAUGAAAAAAGCCAGGCCAGCGGUAAGCGGAAGCGGCGAAAUCGCAGCCAUUUCACUCAGCGUCAACUACAAUAUCUCGACAAGAUAUUUUCCCGCCAACAGUACCUUACACGCGACGAGCGCACGCUAUUGGCGAGGGGCCUGGAAAUGACUGAACUUCAGAUCAGAAACUGGUUCCAGAACCGGAGAUACCAGAGAAAACAACGCGUCAACGAAAAAUCGAAACAAGAGGAACCAGAUUCGUCAGUAUGUGUGAAAGAAGAAGAACUCUGAUUUCUCAAAUCUGGAGAAACAUUCCAUCCGAUUUCGCUGACUAAGCGAAUGAUCCCAUUAGACAAAUUACUGCGCCACCACCAACAUGUUCAAAGAAAAACAGUUAUUAUUCUAUAAUAAGGUAGAAAAGAGCGUUGAUUUAUUUUCAUAGCCAGUGCGUUGUCAGAAGUCCAACUUUGGCUAAUGUCGAUCUUAUUAUAAAGUAGUAAAGUAAAAAAAGAAACAUGGUUGAUGAAAUAUAGCGAAAUCUGUAAAUAUACUAGCUAAACAACGAUAUUCUUCGGUGCAAGUUUGUAUGUUUGAAAGACAAAUUAGUUGAUCUAUCGGAAAAUAUUCAGUGAAAAAGCGAUGGUUUUAGAAUUAUUAAUAUCAAAAAAAAAAAUGAGAUGUAAAUAUCCCCCCACGAAAAUAGAACCAUACCGUUGAAAAUAUUUUAUAUAGAAAGAAUAUAGAGAUUAAAAAACAUGAUAAAUAUUG